CGUUCAGUGAAGUUAGGUUGGAAAAAGCGGCCGAAAAGAAUUGGAAUUAAAGUUUUCACAAUUUCCUUUGUUAAAGAGGGUGAUGAAGUAUGUUUCUGGUAGUGGAAACAGUAAACGAUAAUGACGAGAAGGAAUGGAAGGUAGCACCCAAACGAUGGGUGUGCACUACGAAGAACACCCGACGAACAGUUCUGUUCUGGCCACAUGAAAUCAGUUCUGAGCGGCAAAAGCAGCUAGCUAGAGCUGGUUCUUCUAAACCAAUGAAAAAUUGGAGCCGGAAGGAAUGUAUCGUACAACAGGAGUGUUCUACGUACGAUGCUGCUAAUGCUGCCAUAAAUGGAUUGCUAGCGCAACGUUCGUCGUCACAUACUUCUAUCCCGAUUUCGAGUGAAUUGUCCUCUAAAAAGAGCAAUCAGAUAAGCCAACAAAACAGACAGACUCUACAAAUAGCCAACCUAAUAGGGUCUAAUAGUGAGGAGUCUUUACCUCCAAGUACCGUUCAAUCGUCUCCAGAUGAAAAAAAAUCGAUUCAUGCAUCCCUCAAAUCAAUGCUUGAAUCGUUGAUCGCAAAACAUGAAGGCGUUGAUACGAAAAUUAUUCAAAUCGAAAACCAAAAUAGACAUAUAAUUGAGCGAAAUGGACUAAUUGAAAAAGAUAACUUUGAUAUGAUGGAAGAGUUAGUUUCGAUCCAAAAAAUGUAUGAAUCCGUUAUAUGCCAACAACUUGAAGCCACAGAAAGUUUGAUAGAGAACACAUUAUUCAGUUUCGAUCCACUGGAAACAAUUGAACAGCUAAUCGAGCUUGACAACAAAUUGAAAGACGAGUCUUUUCGUGCUGAUAUGGUUACAUGGUUGAAUUUAAAUGUGGUCGGCAAUAAAUCAAAAAGGAGAAUGGCCAGCUGUCUUGAUUUGAUAUUUUCUUGGGAAUUGCAAACAAAUUUACUUUGGUCUGGAACAUCUCGAAAAGGCUUAAAAAAACAUCCCGUAAAACAUCAUAAGAGUAUACUGAAGUUAUUCAAAACCAUUGGAGCAACGCCGUUGGAAAAGGUAAGCGACAGGAGCAUCGCUGUUUUUUUCCAGAAAAAACUGCAGUACGCUAAAACGCGGGUGUUUAAGCAUGAUGAGCAGCCGACAUCAUCAAACAUUCAAACCAUACAAACGCUGGAAGAUCAUCAUCAACCGGAUGCCGAUGAUGCGAUAAAUAUUGUCGAAUCAUCGAAUCCUGUAGAUUAUAUCGAUGCGGAAUCGUUGGACGAUGAAUCGGACAUUUCAUUUGAUGUAGAAAUUUUGCAAUGAAAUGCAUGACGUGACGCUUUUUAUUUGUGAUCUAUACUAUGAAGAAAACAAACCGAUGGAGCAAAACAAGCAGUUCUAAAAGUUCGGUAGUUAAGUACACCCAGCAAAAGACUGUUCGUUAUUUGAAUGGUCGUCGAAGAUUUGAAGGAAAGCGAGAAUGGAUUAAUCGAGUAUUUCAGGUACUCGAUGAAUGUGUCUUCAUAAUCGAUGAACAGAAUGUUGUUGUUUACAUUCGCGAGCGUUCUAUGAAUUUUGGUUGGAAAACCCGGCACCGUAAAGAAUUGGAAUUGGAAUUUUCACAAUUUCCUUUGCUAAAGUGCAUAAUACAGUAUGUUUCUGGUAGUGGAAACAGUAAACAAUAACGGCGAAAAGGAGUGGAAAGUAGCACCCAAACGAUGGGUGUGCAUAACGAAGAACACCCGCCGAACAGUUUUGUUAUGGCCUCAUGAAAUAAAUUCAGUUUGGCAGAAUCACCUGGCCAAAGAAGGAGUAUGCAGGCCAAUGAAAAGCUGGAGCCGUAAGGUAUGUGUCGUGAACCAGGAAUUUCCUACUUAUGAUGCUGCAGAUGCUUUUAUGAAAGUACUGAUGGCAGAACCGUCAUCAUCCAGAGCUUCAAUGCAACUUCCAGACGAACCUUCAGAGAUACAUAGCCACUUUGAAAUACAACAAGCUGAAGCUGAUCCGUUAGAUACCACAAUGCUGGCAACUAUCAAAGACAUGGUUGCAUCGUUGAUGAAGCGGAGUGCCCGCGUAGAGAAGCAGAACGCCCGUAUCGCAAAGCAAAAUAACAUCUUGAUGAGUAAGAUGCAUGAGAUGGAAGAAAUGUUGAUCAAAGCUGGUAUUAUAGAAAAGAAAAAAUCUGAUUUCCACUUUAAUCCUACGAAAACACAUGACGAAUUGAAACAGCUAGAAAAUAAAUUAAGUGAUGGCGCAUUUCGUUUGAAAAUGGUGGAAUGGUUGGAAAUUAAUGUUGUCGAAAGGGAGUCCGAAAAACGGUUGGCUUGCUGUUUGGAUUUAUUAAUGGCCCAGGAACUACGCACAAAAUGCACUUGGGCUGGCAUUCAACGAAAGCCCACUGAUCAAACCUUGGGGAUACGGGAGCUGCCAAAUUUAAAACACCUGUUUAAAACAAUUGGAUCAACGCCGACGGAAAUUAUAACUGACAAAAAACUCUCGAAAUUUUUGAAAAACAAACUAAGAAAUGCCAAAAGACGAUUAGUUUCGAAUCGUUACAACAGAUUGACGAUGGCUAUUUCAUCUGUUCCUGCAAAUGACAACGAUGUUUCCGAAUCAAUCGAUAAAGAGUCAUGAAAUCAUCGUUCGCGUUAAAAUGAAAAUUAGGUAUAACACAAAUAAUAUUCCCUAUAAAAAUCAUAUAGUUUGUAAAUUCUAGGGUUAAAAUAGCGCUGAUUACAUUUAUUGGCAUAAACAAACAAAGCAAAAUCUCUAAUAAAUUUUAAAAAAAACGAAAAAUUCCUGAUCAGUGCAAGAGCAGUAUGUUUUAUUGUACGCAAAAUAUAGAGGAAGGUGAGGCAAAAGUUCGAAUUAGGGUUUUCUUAAAAACGGCAUCACCUAUUCGACCAACACUAAACUCGUUUGAAAUGUCUUAAAAUCACCUCCUCAUACGUGUUUUUUUUGUUUUUGGUUUGGAUUACAAAUGUUAGAGAAAUGCGUUAACUUAUAAUUUUUGGGAUUUCGAUCUAAUUUUAUGAGUCACAUUGCUUUGUAGAGUGCGAGUGUUUAGAGUAAUGAGGUAAUGUAUAUUUUUGCCUAUUUAAUGUAAAAUCCCAAAAUCUUUAGAUGGACAAAAGUUCGAAUGGCGGGUGGGGCAAAAGUUUAAAUCAGGUGUGCACUUCCGGCAUGCUGGAAGUUGCUCGACAAAGGGUUGCGAACGGCAAAUUGAACAUAGCUAUUGCUAAAAUUUUUGGGAUUACGGAUGCUGCAUUGCGUAUGAGGCUGAAGAAGGUAAAUUCAUAAAACUUGUCUACGGUAAAUCAUAAUUUGAUUUGUUGCAUGUUGGUUUAAGGGUUGUGGUGCGCAAAAAAUUGGGCGCUUCAGAUCAAUCUUCACUCAAGAGCAAUCAGAAGAACUAGCCGGCCAUUGUAAGAAUUUUGAUGACUUUUAGACCAGAUCGGAUCGGACCAGAUCUAUAAUAUGGACGAAACCGGAAAGUCCACAGUGCCUAAUAAUGUUCCGAAGGUCGUCUCCACAUCCGGAAAGAAAGCGGUUGGUAAAAUAAGCUCGGUUGAGGGAGGAAACUGAUUAUCAGCCAUUGAAUAUUAAUUCGGAUAUGCUGCUUCAUCAGAUAACUAAUCCUACAGCUCUUCCAACAUCUUCAAAUGCCGAUAUGACGUCCUCUUGCGCUUCCAAUCAACAUACUGACUGCAAAGAGAAGCUUAAACCGGUCAUAAUUAAUCUUCAAAGUGCCCUGGAAGCUGUUGAGAAAAUGUGCUGAGUUUCCAAACUCAAAAAUUCCUAUCAAUUUCCCCGGAGCAGUCGGAUACAGUAUUGCAGAAAUCAGACCCCUGCCGAAA